UAAGUAAGUGCCAAAUCCUUCACAAAAUCGUUCUUAGCAAGGCCUUCACGGCAUAAUUCUAAGACUAAGCUGUGAUUGUCCACUUAAGAAAAAUGAAUACACCAACUAAACGAAGAAAGAGUUUGGCUGAAAGAGAAAAAUAUAUCGCAUUUUUUGAAACAUGUUUGUUUCAGAGACAUCCAAAAUUGCUUCGUGAAAUAAAAUCAUUAUAUGAUAUUUCUAACGGAAAAAUUAAAAAUAAAAGUGAUUUGAAUAUAUCAAAUUCUGUUAUUAAAACACAAAAACAAUCCAACGAUCAUUUAUUAGCUGAUAUAUCGAGACCAUCUACUUCAUAUAAUAUGCCCUCAACUUCGGACGAAGUAAUCGAUUUAUAUUCAGAAGAAACGGUUUCCAAUGUAUAUGAGCCAAGAGAUUAUGCAUGUAUUGAAAAUAAAGUAUCAGAAAUAUCACCGUCAAAGAAAGUUAAACCAGUUGAAUUCACGAAUGAAAUUAAUGUGAGUAAAAACUUUUUCGCAUCACCAACAAAGAAGCAACAGAAACCAAUUGACAGUCAAGUACAAAGAAAUUCAUCAGAAAUGGCAUUUUUUCGAGCAGAGAUUGAUCCUCGUAAACUACAAUCCAUUAACCAAUUGAAUAGACCUGGAAGUUCUAAAGAAACUGGUGUCAGUUUUGCAAAGACACAGCAUUCCACCGCACCGAAAAAAUAUUGGAUUCAAGUUGGAAAUUUAGAUGAAAGCGUAUCGGAAAAAGAUAUGCUUCGACAUUUACAUUCAAAAUUUCCACUUUACAAUGAUUUUGUGUGCAAAGAACUUAAAACGACAGGGUCAUAUUCUGCUUUUAAAGUGGGUGUAAAUGAAGAGUUAAAACACGAAAUCUCUUUACCUAAUUAUUGGCCUCCUAACGCAAUAAUCAAGGAUAUAACGGCUCAAUUUGGUAAUAAUUAAAGGAAGGAAUGAAGGAAUAGUAUUAAUUCAUAAAACCUACUACUAAUAUACGAAACGUAAGAAAUAUAUAUUAUGGUACGUU